AUGGCUCAACUGGUCGUCAAAAUCAAAAGGCUAGUGGAGUCAGCCGCAGACGUCGAAUUAUCGGUUCAGAAGAGGGGAAGAGCAGAUGCGCAAGUGCAGGAAGACUCGGUGAAACUCAGGAAGAAGCUGGAGGAUAUCCAAGAAGCGCUGACGAGUGCUGUCCAGGAAUAUGAAGAGGAGUUGCAGACAAAAAGAGAUCGUAGGUCCGGCCCCAAAAAGUAUAAUAGGCCAAAAUUAAAGGUUCAUUUUGAAAAUAAAAAAACGGUCCAAAAAUAG